ACUCGUUCUCUUGGCAUUCGCCGGAUCAAUCGGGAUGACGCUCGUCAUUCUGGCCUGCGCUCUCCCACAGUACCAGCAAUGGUGGCCACUCUUUGUCAUCCUGUUCUAUGUCCUGUCACCGAUUCCCACAAUUGUAGCAAAACGCUUUGCUGCUCAAUCUCAAUCGACUUCCUGCGUGGAAUUGGCUGUUUUCCUCACAAUGGGACUCAUUGUCUCAUGCUUUGCCCUUCCGAUUGUUCUCACGCGCACAGGGACUAUUCUAGCAGGUGCCUGCUAUUUAACUUUAUGCGGCAAUGUUGUGGUUUAUGUAACACUUCUUGGGUAUUUUCUCCUCUUCGAUGCCGACGACAGCGACUAUGGGCUCUGGUAGAUCCCUAUGGAUCAUCCGGCAGCAUCUUUUCCACAGAAACAACAUUCACACUCAUCCAAAAUAUUUAUACAAUAAAAAACCUCGAGAGAAAA